ACUGACGGGGACUCCUAAGCAGAGUCGUGUUAAGGAAGGUAACAUGGAACAGUUAGAAAUAAAUGUGCGAAGAGAGUUACCCAGUACCAAAAAACCAUACCUGAGAGAAAUUGGUGGCAUACUUGAGGUCUUCAUUCCAGUCAAAGACAUUGGAUUGCAUCAAGUAUUGAAAUCUUCUAAUUCAACCACAGUGCACCUCAAAAGAUGUUCUACAAAAGCAAGUGCUGUAUUUCAGUUGUCUUUGGAGGACAGAGUUUCAAACAGAAAGCCAUACCUGACUGUGCACUGCUCGUUAGAAGAGACAAUAUGUCAUGUACAACUUAAACAUUGUCAGACAAAAGGUAGGAAAUUAAGAGUUACUGCAGAUAAAAUUUCAGUUGCACCAAAAGCCAUGACAUGUGAACGUCUUGAACUUGAAUGUAACUUAAAUAUGGUUGUUCACAGUAUAAUGGUGUGUCCGUAUAUAUCACUGAAAAGUAAUCAUGAAGUUCGACUUUCUGUAAGCGCCCGUCUGAAAACAGAAACACUUAAAUUAGCAGGCAAAACGGUCUUCAUUGAUGGUCAAGUCAAAUACCACAGACACUUUCAAAAUAAGAUGACAAACGAAUCCAACGGAAAUGGCAAUAUACUUGGUGUGCACGUAUGUGGCUACUUACAUACUGGUCGAGAUAGUGUUAUGCAAUGUUGCUGUCGUGAUCAUAAAUCGAAGAAUAUAACAGGAACAUUACAGCUUCACGUUGAAGGAGACAUUUGCAACCAUGGUACAAUUGAAGCUUCGGAGCUAAUGGAAGUAAAAUGUAAAUCAUUAUUAUCAUGUAGGAAAUGUGACAAAGAUACAGCAAACCGUUACUUAUCGAGCAUUAAACAUAAACAUUGCACGGAUGAACAUGACAUUUUGCUUCCUUCAAAUAUACAAUUGGGUGAUGCCGUCAAAAGAUUGGAUACAAAGCUCAUUUUUGUGAUGCUUAAACAUGGAUUUGAUCCUUAUUCACCGAUUGAAAUUAAAGGUGCAACACUAACAAGUACCACAAAAAAGCUUCAGUGGGAAAUGUUUUGUCCACAGGAAAAGUACGACAAUGAUUACACAAAUUUAAAAUUGCAGGUGGACAACUUUGUAUCACUAAUUGAAUCAUGGAACAAACAGCGAGGUUCAAUUAUAUCUCCCGAGAUAUCAUUUAAAAUGUAUGGUGAUUUUGAAGAUUUAAGCCAGGUAAAAUGCAAACAGAUUUUUCUAGAAAUAAAUGGGAACAUAUGUGUAGAAAAUGAAUCUAUUUGUACUUUAGGAUGUAUAUCUGGGAUAUGCAAAGGUGAUACCAGAAUUAAUGGACAGAUGAAAUUGGGAAGCUUCGAAUCUUUUGAGACAAAUGACUUUAGCAUCUAUGAAACAGGUUCACUUAUUAUCCAAAAUGGUGGCAAUAUCUCAGUUGACAAUUGUUUUCAUAAUGGAUCCUUAGUUUACAACUUGAACAACAAGUUAAGUAUAUAUACUGGAGUUUUCCAACAAGAAAAUGAAAGUCAAAUAACAUCACAGGAAGAUUUAGAAAUUGACAUAUGUAAGGAAAGUCGAAUUGUUAAUGGUUCUUUUGACGCAAGGGACUUGUAUUUAGGUAUUUCAGCUCGAGUUACUGAAUGGGCUGUUAUCAAAUCUAUGAAUUCCUGCACAUUAGAGUUUAAAGAAAAUAAGAACACAAAGGAAUACGGAAGUUUGAAUCACAAAGGAUGUAUUGAAGUUGACAAUGGGCAUGUCCUUAUGUCUUCAACUGCAAAUGUGUAUGAUGUAAAACUUGCUAAUUCAGAGUUGGUCAUUCAAGGAAAAGGAGAGUUUUACAAUCGAACUGGUGGAAUUUUACAAUGUACACAUGGUCCUUUAAGAAUUCAAAAUGUGUGUCUUCUCGCAAAUGAAUCGGGAGCGUCGAUAUUUGGUAAAAGUAUCAAAAUAGCUACAGCAGUGGUUGGGCACAAAACAGACACACUUUCUAAAAAACACGACCUAAAGAACAACGGAAAAAUCAACAGCCCUGGAGUUGUGAAAAUAUUUGCUGGUAAUUUGAAAAACCAUGGUACAAUCCAAAGCCAUUAUUCACAAGUAGAAAUACACUAUACGACAAUGAAAAAUGUAAUCACAAAACUAGAAGGUAUCCUUCUAUCCACAGAAGGUUUGACUGUUUUUGUUCACAAUGCCCCAACAUUUCAUUGCAGUUUUCGUGGUGGAUCAGAUUUGCGGAAGUCUUCAAUUAGUUUACCAAAGAAAGGAAUGUGGAUUAAGUGCACCCGAGGGACUGUAUUCUUUCAUAAUGCAAUAGAAGGGGAUGCUCAACUCCUUGUAGAGUCGAAAAAGGGAUUUGUUACUCUUAACCACAUAACAAUUACCAUUCUUUGUUUAGAGAUUACAAACGUAUAUGAAUUUACGAACAAGGAAAACAAUACGGACCCCCGUCAUCGUCAAGAAAUAUCAAACGAAUAUGAAGUUUUAUAUGAUCGAACAAAUAUGGAGAAUCAUACAGUUCUCCAUCGUCAUCCAGAGAUAGCAAACGGACAUGAGGUUUUAUAUGAUCAAUCGGAAAUGGAAAAUUAUACAGAAUUUAGACAGGAUAAACAUGCAUAUAUCAACAUUUUAAAUAGAAGCCUCCUCAGAACUGAAUAUAUGAUUGUUGAAUCGAAUUGUAAAACCAUCGAAAUUGAGGUGCGUACAAAUGGGGACGGUGAAAUGAUUGUCAGACAUGAUUUUGUAUGUGAACCCGAACUUACCAUAAAUGGCCGUUUUACAAUGUCAUCUUCAUCUCUGAUAACAGCUGAAAAGAUGAUAACAACGGAAAGAUCUGUAUGCAAAAUAAAUGGAACCAAUUCAGAAUUAAACGAAGAAAUAUGUAAGGUGAAAACGUCGGGUAACAUUGAAUUGAAAGGGCAUAUUCAUUGUGUGCAUAAUGAUCGAUCCGUCCCAUCUCUACUAGUUGUGGAAAGCCAGUGCGGAAAUAUAACAGUCAUGGGGAUUGUACAGGUUCCAAACUUGAGACUUCUGACAGGUCCAAGCCAAAAACUUAUCAUUGAAAGCCAAAUGCAUCUUGAUGGCUAUGUUUGCAUCGGAGGGGCAUGCGAAACAACCAUUGAUGAACUUUCAAACAUUGUAUGCCAUAAGCUUAUCUAUCAGCUCACGUCAGAAAAAUCAGAGACGAGAAAGAUUCAUCUAGAUUUAAACGGGUCAGUUAUAGUACAUGGACCAGUAAAUCUUGAUCACAUUGAUGAUAUAGUAAUGUUUGGAACUUUGUCAUGUCAUGGAAUGUCAGCAAAAAAUGCUGAUGUCAUAAUGACAACGUCAUCCAAGACUGAAAUAUAUUAUUUCGAAGAAAGUGUAGAGGAAAUAACAAAUUCUUACCAAAUACUUACUUUAAAUAACCUAUUUACAGAAAAGGAAUCUCAAAUGAAGCUUCAUUCUGACAAUGAAAGAAUAAUUCCAUCAUUGAUUAUUUCUAAAUGGCAGCAUCAUGGAGAUCUAGAGGUUAAUGAUUCCGGAUCAAGUAAACACAAACAUGCAGUCAGAUGCCAAUGUUCAAACUUUUUCAACCAUGGAAAGUGCGUAAACAUUGAUUCUUUAUACCUUGAUUGUGACAAUACGUUAUCAAACUUUUCAUCCCUUUCAGUAACAGAUGUUCUGGACAUCAAUGUAGUUGAAAAUAUCAUAAACAACAAAGGCGCAAGGCUGGAAUGCACGAAUGGACCUCUUUCAAUUAGUACAAAAGCAGAUAUAGUUAAUAAUGGCAUAUUGAUUUCAAAUGAUGUUAACAAAAUCUGGGCAGCUAUCAUAACAAAUGCAGGUAUCAUCGAAAGCUAUAAAUCGACAGUAGAACUAAGUUGGGGCUCUAAAGAGAAGGUAUCCAUAGAUGGAAAAGUUAAAUCUCUAUUCGAAAUACAAUUUUCAUCGCCUUUCUCUAAGGAGUUUCAUUUUUGCUGUAGUGGUGGUAUGUCGAACGAUUCUGACAGAUUUGUUAUACCUGCAAAUGGUAUAAAAUUAAAAUGCACCAAAGGUUCUGUAGUUUUGAAAAUGGACAUUGAAGGCAGACAAAAAUCAGCAAACGUAUCAGUAUUGUGUAUGGAUGGCUGCAAAAUGCACAAGAAUUUAACCACUAGUGUAUUCCAUUUAGAAAGAACCUUUGGAGAUGAAAAGAUGUUAGGUAAUCAGAAACUUACUAUUGACAGCCUUAGCGAAACCAAAGCUGUGUCUCCAGAUUUUUAUUUGUGGUUAAAGGAAGACUGCACAUUCGUGUCGAGAAAUCUAAAGGCACAGACAGGAAGUCAAAAUGUUACGUUUUUUAUUAGAACAGAUGAGUCAAGUAAACUGGUAUGUUAUGAACAGAUUUUGAACCUUGAUAGUUUGUUAUUUAUCCAAGGAAAUAUUGAAAUCUCUUUUUACUCUCAAAUACGCGCAAGAAGUAUAUCUCUGGACAAAGAUUCAAUUGUUAAAGUGUUUGCUGAAGAACAAAUUGAUCCAAAGUGUUUUCUUUUUGAACCCACAACAACCGAUAACAACGAAUGCAAGCUACUCUCUGAAAUGGAUAUUGAAAUAGAUGGAAACAUUUCUUCAUUCAAAGAUGAUCAAAUAAAGGCUAGCAUUAUUAGCAAUUCCGGUGAUGUCAUUAUAAAAGGAGAGGUAGAUGUGCCUCACUUACAAAUUGCAGCUGCUGUUGACAAAUCCACACAUUUUCACGGUAUGGUUAAUACAAGUGGUCGGCUCUAUUUGAGUCGUGGGAGAAUAAUUGACAUAGAUGAUCAUGCAGUUCUUCGGUGUAAAGCUUUUUCUUGUGAACCGAAAAUGAACAAGAGUGAUAGACUAGCAGUUAAUGGACAGCUUCAUGUAAUGGGAUCUGCUCACUUUGUAGUAGAAUCAUUGUAUAUUUCAAGGGGAGGACAAGUUGUUAUCAUAUCAGAGAAUUCCAAAGACCAUGUGGUUUUAGAAGAUGUGAGUACAGUUGAUAUUAAAGGACGAUUUGAAUGCCGUAUACAGGGUGACUGUUUGGUAGACUGUAAACGAAGCCUUUCACUCUCAGAAAAAUCAGUCUGUUUGUUUUCCGUCGGAGAGUGCAAUCUGAUCGCUUCUGAGAUCAUCAGAAUGGAUGACACUUGCAAAAUAGAAUUAGAAAAAGGGAAGUUAUACAUAGGUAAUGCCAGAGAAGAAGAUACAACAAUUCAUGGGAGUGUUGAGCUUAGUGGUAUAAUUUGUGGUAAAAAAACAGAUACAAUGGUAGAAAUCGAAGGACACUGUGUUUCUUUUAGAAAUUUUAGGAUUCAGGAUAUCCAUACCGCAGACUUAUUUGCUGCACAGUCAUUGUUUGUUGAUUCCAACAGUAAAGUGUCAAACGUUGAGAAGUUGGAAAUACAAGCAACAUCAAUAGAUUUAAAGGGGCUAAUAAAAAAUACACCAAGGAUAAAAAUACUGGCUGAAUCAUCGCUUCUAAUAGAUAAAGAAAGCAAAAUUAACAAUGACAAUCAACAAAAGAGCGAACUAUCUUUGCAAGUCACAGCGACAACAGUAGAAAUGAAAGGUCAUAUUCAAUAUUUAAAAAACAUAGACGGCGAAGCAAAAAUGCACUUUGAUGCUAGCAAUAUGCUUAUUAUGGGUAAAAUCAACAGUGAAGGUGAGAUUAAAAUUGAGGCAGACUGUUCUUUUGUCAAUAAUGGACAGGUUCGUUGUACAAAAAUUGGAAUAGUGGCUCCCAUUUGCCUAAAUUGUCCACAAAAUUUUGACAAAUUAAACGUGGAACACAUUUCCCAGUUAGGAGGAGAAAAUCAGAAAAUACUUGUUAUUGAAGGUCUUCUUUGUAUUAUUGUAGGUUCAUUUCUUCAUUCGAAAUCAAUUAAUAUCAAAUCCGUACUUAAUUUUCAAUUCUCAGCGAAAAUGUCAACAAUCCCUCAAGCAGGUGACCUAGAAAGAUGGAAAUCGGUAGUUGAUUCUUCUUUAUCAAAGAUUUCGAUGGCCAAUACUCCAGAGGAUAUUCACAAAUUGACAGAACAAACAAUCAAGAUACAACAAGUUAUUUGUGAUCUGAGUGUUUCAUCACAUCUGUGUGAAGACGUUGUAAAAAUAUGCGAAAAAAUUUCGAAGGGGGGCUUAGGACAGUUUGACAUGAAUGAAAUGAUCACAUCUUUAGAUAACGCACACAGUUUCUACUCAAAAAUAAUUCCCUUGGAACUCAAUGUUGACUUCGUAAGGAUUAAAUAUCGAAGUCUUAAAAAAAGAGGCAAAAAAGUGGCAAAAAAUCUUAUAAAUAAAAUAUUUGGACCAAACUCGUUCAGCAAAAGCUUGGAGUUUCCACAAAAUAAUCUUGAUCAAGGUAUACGAAUUGAUUCUUUUAUAAAUGAGGGCAAACAUACAGAUAUUCGUUCGGAUGGAUACUUAUUCUUUGCAUCAUUAAAAUUCCAGGGAAGAACAGGACUCUGGAAAAAUGACGGCUAUAUUGAAGCAUGCGGGGAUAUAAUCAUAUCCGCAAGCAAAAUCAAACAACUUGGUGGGCAAGGUCGGAUUAUGAAAGCAAUAACAGGAAGUAUUAGAUUAACAGGUGACAAUGCUGAAGUUAAAAACCUGGAAUCAAAACAUUUACAUGUUGAUGUAAGCCAGGAAGCAAAUCUGCAAUCAAUCAAAACUGAAGGACAGGCAGUUGUUCAAGGAAACAAUGCAACAAUACAAAACAUCGAUUCUAAGACGCUUCACGUAAAAGCACAACAAGAAGUACAAAUUAACACAGCAAAUAUUCAACAAGACAUGUCCGUGAUAUCUCAAAGAAUAGCUGCAGGUAAUGUAAAAUCUAAACAACUUGAUUUAAAGGCAAUAGAAAACAUUACAUUAGAUAAUGUUUCUACAAAAGAAAUCGCCACUUUGGAGAGUGGAAAUACAAUUAACGCUAGAAAUAUAAAAGUGACAGAAUUAAACACUACUAGCAAAGGUAACACAGACUUUGGCGAAAUAAAAGCAGAUAAAAUGGAUGCAGUAUCAAAAUGUGGCAACAUCACAUUACAUGAAAAAAGCAAGGUAAAGGAGGCAAAACUAGAAGCUAAGCAUGGGGACAUUUCUUUAACAGGUAACAAUAAAAAGGCAAAUCAUGAGUUUGGAUGCUUAACUCUGAAUACCCGUGCACUGGAAGAUAUAAACAAAUUACUAAAUAGGUCAGAUGUUUACAAAGACUUGAAAAUAGCUGAUCAUUUGGGAUUAAUUGUUGAAGAUCAGAACGUCAUCAUUGCAACUCAACAAAAAUCUCAAUUUAGUUUGUCAAUAAAAGCAGCAAGUAUUGAUGUAAGAAAGGGUAUGGAUGCAAAGAAUCUUGAACUAGCAACAACUAAGGGAAUCUUGAAAAUUGACAAAAAUGUUAAAAUCAAAGCAAAAGAAAACGUUCGUCUGACAUCGAGAGGAAAACUUCAUUUGUGUGAAAGAUCUUCUGUAAGUGCUGGACAAAAUAUCAAUUUGGAGUCAGAGAAGGAUUCAGUUUCCUUGUCUGCUAGUGAAUUAGACGCCGGUAGUGGUAUGAAAAUAAAAGCUCAUCAUGACAUAAUUAUUUCAUCAGACGCAAAUGGAGGACCUUGCGAAGGGAGUAAAUUGAGUGCUGGAAGAACAAAUAAAGAACAGUCCGCAAUAGACAUUGAAGCAGAACGAAAAAUCAAAAUCCAUGCAUCUGACAUCAAAAGCCAAGGGGAAAAUACUUUUAAAGCUGGAAACAACAUAUCGAUUACGGCGAACAAAUACGAAACUACAAAAAGAAAAACAAAAUCAUCCUGGUUUGGACUUUGUAGAAGUACCACAGAAACUACCAUGACACAUGUGGAAAAGUCUACAAUAGUUGGUAGGUUAAAUGUGUUCAAAGCCGGGGGAAGCUUUACAAGUGUAGCCGGUAAUAUAAAAUCAGAAUUUGGAAACGACAUUCGUGCCACAGGAGGAAUAUCAAUGCUUGACCUUCAAACCACGACAAAAACGAAAGAAACUUCAUCAAUUUUGGGCAUAAAAUACUAUCAAAAGGAUGAAAGUUCGCAACAAUCACAAGGGACAUCACUAGAAGAUUCAUCUUCUGAAGCGAGAACCUCUAUAAUAUCAGAAACAUCUAACAUUGAAUGGCAAGGAAGCAGUCUCAAUUCAUCUGGUAAUGUUUCAGAAAUUGCAGAAAUGGGGAAAAUAACGCAUUCACGUCGUCUUUUAAAUCACGAGACUAAUGAAAAGGGGAUCAAAGUUUUUACACAGAAAUCUACAAAAGAUAAGGAGAGAAGUUUUGGAAUUGAAGCAAUUUAUGAACGUGGAAGUAAUCAAACAACAAGCACUGAUUCGACUAAUAUAGGCGGUGAUUAUACUGUGAAGGCUAAGAAAGUGAAUGUUCUGAAUUCAGCGAAUAUAGAUGUGAAAGGUAAUAUGAAUGUUAGGACUGAUGAUUUGAGAAUAGAAGGAGCUUCACUUGAGGCUAGUAAUAAACGUGUCAACAUAGGUAUUGGAAUUGAAUCAAGUAUAGCAACAGUGAGUGCAAACUAUGAAAAAGGCGAGCAAACAACACAACAGAUGCAGAAACUACACGUUGGUGGGACACUGCAUUUGGACAAUGUAAAAAAUGCCACAAUUGAUACUUCUAAUAUAGAUAGUGGUGGCUUGACAGGUCAAGUGGACAUCCUGGAUAUACAAUCUCGCCUUGAUAGAAAGUCAGGAGUGAAGCUUGGUUUCGCAGCUGAUAUAGACCUUGUGACACGGUCUCUAUGUGGAGGAGGAAUUGAUAUUGGCCUCGAGGGUGAUGAGAGGAUAACUCAGCCAACAUCGAUUGAUGUCAAUGGAGGAAGUAAGGAAUUGAGUGUUGGAACUUUAGAAACAAAAGGUGCCUCCAUUGUUUUUGAUGGAGAUGUUCACAAAUUUGCACAAAAUAUAGUAAGUCACAGUGUCCACGAGAAAGCAUAUGAAUUCAAUCUUGGAUUCAGACUCAGUAAACCAAAUAAAAUGUCAAAAAGAAAAAAGAAACUCGUUGGUAACAUAAAUUUUGCAAAGGGACAAUAUCAUUCAUGCGUAGCAUCUACAACUGGCACAGUAGAUUCAUUUGUGGCUAAACAAGUUGAAACUGACCUAAGCAAACGUAGACAAGUGGAUCAAUCACUGUCGUUUUCAUUUUCUGCCGAAUUCGAAGGAAAAAUAUCACAACACAUAACAAGAAUUGGAAAAGAUCUAGUGAAAGCUGUAGGAAAAGAGGCAAUACAGGAAGUAAGCCACAUUCUUGCUACUAAAUUAGGUAUACCACAAGACAUAAUAAACAGUUUAGUAUGUAUCGUUGAAGGAGGAAUAACACAGGAUAAAAUAUUUGAGUUCCUUAAAGCAAAUCUCGAUAGUUUAAAGAUUCCAGGUCAUUUUUCUGCUGUGUUACAAUCUUUGCUGGUUGAUGGCAAUCCAGAGAAUCUCAUUUCAUGGAUUUGCGAUGCUGCAAACAUUGAUAAAAAACUUUUUGUGGCAAUAAUAGGAAUCGUUCGUGGUAAGACGAUUAAAAGAGAUGACAUAUUGACAAUAGUUAAGCAUACUGGAAAAUAUUUUGGUUUGUCCGAAGAACUUUUCCAAUUUAUAACCAUCAUAAUAUCAUCAUGUGACAAUAAAAGGCUACAACAAAAUCAGUGGACAAUAGUAGAAGCUUUUUUCAAGAGUAAAGAGGGACAAAGAAUAAUCAAGGAAGUUCUGAAUGCAAUGCAUAUUUCAGAAGAAAUAAAUGACUUCCUUGCCACUAUUCUAAUCAAACCAAACAAUUUUGAAAAGGCCAUGUUUUGUUUACAUGCAGUUGGACAAAGAGUCGGUAUUUCGAAAAGUAUUCUAGAGGUUUUGAAAGACAUGUUGCAAGGCAAAACGAAUACAACCUUAGUAAAUAUGUUAUGCAACGCUAUUGGUCUAAAUACCAAUCUAACGGCAACUAUAGAGUUGUCGUUGAAUGACUGUUGCAAUAUGAAAUCUGCAGUUAUAUCUUUUAUAACUUCUCUAUCAACUCAUAUUGGGCUGUCAUCCGAUAUGGCCAGAGAAAUAAAACAUAUCAUUGACGGCAAUAUGCCAGAAUGUGAAAUCCAGACAUUCGUCUUGGAAAUAUGCAUCCAGAUAAGUAAGUCAUCUGUAAUUUCAAAGGAAAAUCCUGUCACACAGGUUUUUGAAAAGCUGUUACCUCUAGCAUCGGAGUCAGCAGGACAAAUAACAAAUGCCAUAAAUCUUGGAAAACAAAUACUACACGGAGAGAUUCCAACGGCAGGUAUCCCACUUCUAUUAUUUUUAUUGCGACAUGUCAGAGUCGAAGGAGAUACCAUUAAUGCAAUCAAGGAUUUUGCAAAAGAAGGGAAUGUUGAUGUACUCAUCGCAUGGCUGUCAAAAAAAUCGGAUGUCAAUCAGUCUGUUCUCAAUGUGCUUGGAACAACUAUCAUGAAUGACUGUAGUGUUAUAAGUAUUUUCAAUGUUAUCUUUAUUACUUACUCCAAAAAGCACGAUCUUCAUCCGGCCAUCAGAACAGAUUUAGAACUCAUAAUGAACGCGAAACCGCCAGAACAAAAACUAAAGGAAAUACGUUACAUCUUUGACCAAAUUGAAGAUACGGAUAAAAGAUCGACUGUUUUCACAGAAUGUAAAGCAUUUGGUGCUGAUGUACAAGUCUCUAAACUUAUAUGGAACUUACUGCAAGCUGGUACUCCCGAAGACAUGAUCUGUCAGUGUUUUAUGUCAAUCGCGAUUGACUUUGGUCUCCCCGAAGGAUUUGUGCGUGGUGUUAUUGAAUUAGAUCAGAAGAAAGAUUGUGCUUUGUUAACUUCAUGGAUUACAGAAGCAGCAGGUACAACAGGUGAGCUUGUAACAUUUGUCUUAAAUUGUAUUGUAAAACGCAAACUAGACUAUACCAGCCUAGUUCCCGUAAUCAGUAGCAUUGGUCGAAUGAUUGGACUGUCCAAGAAUAAGCAACAUCUUUUGGAAUCGAUUCUAGAGGGAAACAUUUCAGUAAAAGAUAUUGGAAAGUUGUUUGUUCAUAUGCUGUUUACGAUUAUAAAACCGUAUAUCCCAGCACUUGCCAAUGGAUUUGGCAUUCCACCUGACAUUCUUGUUAGACUUGUUGAUUUAGAAGACCCGUUUGAUCCGUGUGAACUUUUUCUUGCUGUGGCGGAAAUCGUCAGUGCAAAGAUAGGAAUACCGUUGGAAUUGCCAAGGUCAAUAAAGUCCAUUAUAUUUAAAGGCGACUGUGAACCUAUAUCUGAAUGCUUAGGAAAAUGGAUAAACAUUGACUCAAAGCUGCUACUUACAAUUUUACAGACCAUUCAAAAAGAAAAAAGUCAAACCACGUGGCUAAAAAAGAUUCCUAUUUGCAUCGCCAAAUACUACAACAUAUCAGAAAAAACUAUUGAAUGUUUUCAGAGUCUGUUGAACGGAAAAACACCAUUAUAUGAUACAAAAGAAACUAUAGUUGCAAUUAUACAAGAUACGUUGAAAAUAUUUAUUAGUCAGGAACAGUUUGACACUUUGUUGCAAUUGUUUGAAAGAAGAUUAGGAAUUUCAAAAGAAUUUCUAUACAUAGUAACAGAUCUGUUGAAAAAUGAUAAAGAAAAAUUGAAAAUAAAAAUAAUCCAAUGGGGAUGCAAGAACUUUGGUAUCGAUGAACGCAUAGUGCCAAUUAUACUCAAAAUAUUUGAUUGUGAAAAGAAUUUAAAUUCAGUGGUUGCUGAAGUUGUGGGUGGUAUCGGAGAGUACUUCGGCAUACACUCAGCUAUCAGUAUUGACUUGAAAAAAGUAUUGACUGGACAAAAACCUAAAAAAGCUGUCCCAUCUCUUAUAUUAGAGAUUUUUCUACAAGUAGCUAAAUCAGUUGAAGCUAAAGCAGAACUAAUCGAAUUGUUGGAGACCAUUAAAUCCCUAACACAGACACCAACGAAGCAAACUGACAAUAAUGUUAUAUUAGAUAAAUUAAAGCUGUACAUUCCAAUGAUUUCCGACGAACUAGCAAUUCCAUCCGAUAUCAUUGAAAGAUUGGUUGUUAUGCGAUAUCCAUUCAAACUAUCCGAUCUAAGUUCUAUUCUCAUUGAAAUUUUGACAAUGAAGGCAGGCGUAUCACAAGACAUUCUACAGGCUGUCCAGGUUUAUGUGUUCAAAGGUGAAACCAAUCUGUUGUGUCGAUGGAUCAGUGAACACAGUAAAAUCGAUAAAAAGUUAAUUUCGUCUAUUUUAAAAUCUCUCUUGAAUGAGAAAACUCUACUGGAAGGAAUGGGGAAGAUUCAUAUUUGCAUUUCUCACCACUACGAUUUUUCAACGGAAACCAUUGGUUUCUUACAGAGCUUAGUCGACGGAAAGAUACAGAACUGUGAUAUAAAACUUAUAAUAUAUGUACUUAAAGACAUGAGUAAACUUUGUUUGGAUAAACCCAAACGAGAAAUAUUUGACACGUGCUUUGCGAUCAUGGAAACUCCUGACUGGUUGGAAAGGGUCUUUUUUCUGUUACGUUACUUUUCAAGUCAAUUGGACAUCCCGGAAAUAUAUAUUGACGGUUUUAAAGACCUAGUGAAAGAUAAAAAUAUUUCAACACUUGUUGAGCACUUAGCAGUUAAACUUGAAAUCGACAAACGAGUUUUGCUAACUCUUGUUAAUGCCUUAAGGAAUGGGGAAAGUCCUAAACAAAUAUUCAAAAACCUUGCCAAAAUCGCUGGAGUUCCCACUCCUGCAGUUGAUAUAGUUAUUGAAGUUAUAAAGCAGCAAGGUUUGAAAAAUAAGACAGACUUAGCUUCCUGCUUUACAAAACGUAUUAAAUGGCCGGACACCAUUAGAGCCAUAACAGUGAAAGCAUAAGUAAAUGUGCCGAAUAUAAAGAAAACCUUUACAAAGAUAUUUCAGUUUUAUUUAAGUGUUUGUUAUUGUAUAACCCUCCGAGUAAAAUCUUGUACUUUUUUUCAAUUUAGAUGUAAUGUACAGUUAUUCACAAGCAUAUUUUAUUUUGUCUUUCAAGUUCAUCAGCAUUCCAAUAGUCAGCACCUCAGAGUUAAAUAUCAUUGCUUCGAUCUUUUUGUGUUUUUCUCUUCAUAAAAUGUCUGAAAAAAUAUCCGAAACAUGAAGGUUCUUCUAACCCAUGGAUAAAUGGCCUAAGCUAUAUUUAGCAUAGCCUUGUAAAAGUUUCAGUUUUCAAUGCUCUCCAAAUUCAAAUCUUAUUUGACCUUAUAACUGGUUAGAUUCGAGUGGCACCAGUGCGUCAUGUGUAGACUUAAUGCAGACUGGUGAAUUAAUUAUAAGCCUGGUAUCUUUGUUGAGUUUUGUUUACAAACAGCGUUACUAAUUUUGGUAAUUGUAAACCAUAGUUCAUUAUUUUCAUCCAAAAAUAGAACACAAUGAAACCAUUUUUUGCUGUACAUUCCGUAGAGUGACAUUUAUUUCCAUUGCUUAAUGCUUGAUAUUUUUAACGGCAACUGAUUUUUUCUUGAAAUGGAUAAUUUUUUAUCAUUAGUGUAUACCAUUCAUGGAAAAAAUAUGAUAUAACAGCAUUUUAGAUAAAACAAUAUAAUAUCACUUUUUUUAAUGUAUAUGUAAUAUUGACAUGAUUUAUUUAUUAUGUAUGCAUUUGUGCUUAACUAGAUAGGAAAGGCGGUGAUAAACUAAGGUCAUUAUUUGACCCCUUUAAUUCGGAGAUUGAAAGGGAUCAUAACUACAUCAAUGAAUUUCUAUCAAAUAUUCUGUCAGCUAUCAUUAUGUAUCUCCUUGAUCUUUGUCUGAAAAUAUUUAAACUUCUACAAUAAUAUUUAUGUAUUCAUUUCCAUUUGAAAUACUGUCCUUAAUACUUAAGUAUAACCCACAACCUCACAAAAAUAUCGUGUUACAAGAUGUCUUAUACGAAGAUUGUAAAUGCGUGAGGGUAAAAUAAGUUUUAGCAAGCUUUAACUUUAACAUCUUUAUUAAGAACUAUGUGCAUAAUGACAGUUUGUCUGAAAUAUCAACAUUUAUUUUUAUGACAAUGUAGUGAUAUCACAAGUAACAUUUUUUUUCAAAAUUGUAAAUAGAAAACUUUUACAUUUUAUUGUCACAUUUUGUAAGUAUCCUAUUAACACUUAAUAUAUGUUCUGUUGAAGAAAGAAUAUACCACUUAUGUCAUAGUAGUGUAUUGAGUAUUAUAACAGUUUUGAGUGUCAAUUUCAGUUUCUGAAAGUCAUGGACAUACGAAAUGAAUGUCUAUUUAUUAUACUCGAUAACCUGGUUCUCACAAAAUAAUCAAUAUAAAAUAUGAGAAGAUUAGGUAUUAUCAAGAUGAAACAACUAUCCAUUAUUUACGGUAUUUAAUGUAAAUAUAUAAAAAAAAUAUUGAUCUGUUCAUUGUUUAUUAUAAAAUCAUAAACAUUUUGUGAAUUGACUAUUUUUGUCAUACCAAUCAUUGUAUAUAUGUAAGAAUUGCAUUUCCCUUAUUACACCUAUGUAAUGAACUGUUAAAUGAGUGAGUAAAUAAAGCUACAAAAGUUGUAUCUAUUUCUAUUGUUGUCCACCAUUCGCUUUUAAUUCUAUGAUGAGAUUUUUAUUUACUUCUAUGCUCUUUUGUAUUUUUUUGUUGUAAUCUUAAUUUUCUUUGCAUGCUUUAAAUCAGAAAGUAUUUCUCGAUCUAUUUCUUUUAAAAAGGAUUUAAUAACAUACGACGACUAAAUUAGGGCAGUGAUCUUUGUAAUGUUACGUUUAUUGCUUUUUAUCUUUUUGCAAAUAAAGUGUAAAAAAGUUAAUUUAUUCAAAUACCUUCAUGUUAACAUACUUUUGUUAACCUCCAUUAUGCAAAUAGUUGUCCAUAUUUUGUAUAUAGAUAUUAAAAGUUUACAUUAUAUGAACAUUAAAUAAACAAAAAUCAGUGUUUGCAGCAUUGAUAUUUUUGCUAACUGCAUGAUGUCCUUAAUGGGCAGGAAUUUUAUUUCAGUUAGAAUGUAUUUUUUUUUUUUUUGCAUUUUACAUUUUAAUUAUUCAUUUUUUUUUUGCACAAUGUUUUGAAAAAGUGGCAGAUGUCAUUUUACAGAUUUUUUUAUCAAGUGUAUCAAAAAAUUGAUUACAUCUACUUGAUAUGACCUGAUUUUUUAAAUGGUAAAAAAGCAUUCCGGUUUUAUUUCCCUCAAUGAAACUAUGAAAAGGAAAACAUUUGAAGUAUCAAAUCACUAUUAGUUGCACAAUUUUCAAUUAUUGUUGUUUUAGUGCAUAAUUUUUGUACAUAGGUGUCUAAGUCAUUUUCGGUCUUUGUAAUUGUAUAGUUUUAUUCAAAAAUAUGACUUGAUAUGUUACUAUAAAAAGGUUUGGAUACGGUUUUAAAAAAUAGCGAAUAUUGGUCAAAAAUUGCAGCAAAAGGGGCAAAAAAUAAUAGAGAAAAUUUGCAAAAAAACAAAGAAUGGAGAAUGAUUGACAAAAUUGAUAAAGAAAAGAGAACAAUGAUCUUAACAAUAAAAAAAUAAAGAAUGGAAGAAAUCCCAUCCAGACCUUCCCAUAGGACUAUGUAUUGUAGAUUGAUAAAUGUGUAAAGAGUUGAAAAAGGGUAAUGUCAUAUUGAGUGGUGAGGUGUAGAUGAAGCAAGUUAGAUAUAAUUUUGUAAAUUUUUAUUUUUAUUUCUUUAAUGGUGUUUGAGAUAUAAUAUAAUGGUUAUCAUUGUCUGUAUUAAAUCUACACAUGUAUUAAGCUAUGUAAUGAAGAUGUGUAUAGGCAGGUACGGUUCCACGAUUUUUUUUUAAGAGGGCGUAAUUACAGAAAAUUGAAUACAUAAUAACGCCAAAGGCCAAAAAAAUUUAGGAAGAUUAUAUAUUUUCCAGUCAAAGGGGGAAUGAUUAUCCUCUCCCCCCUCACCUCCACCGUGAAUCCGCAUCUACUAGGUCCGAUGGGUAAUAUUAUGUGUUAAAUAAUAAAGGGUCUUUAGUAUUGUGGAGCUUAUGCAGUAAAUUAUUUAUGUUACAUUUAAUCGACCAUAUAUUUUCUAUAAUAGACAAAUUUAUGGUUAAAGUGUAUAAUAUUGAACUUGCAUGGAACUGUUUUAACUGUUUUAAUAUGUUCUUGUUGAAUGCACUGUUAUGCUUGUUUGUAAAUACUUUCGAAUAUUUUACAUAAUUUAUGUUUGAGGUUUAUUAUUAUAUUUAUUCUGACUGUUUUAAAUAUUGUUAAUGCAUGAACUGUUACUGUUUAGUAAAAAUUGCUACUUGAACUUCUGAUUGAACUAAGUUUGCAUUGUUUUGAGAGGUGAUAUGGAACAGAUCCUCAAUCAGUAAAAUAGUGUAUCAGAGUAACAUAAAAUCGUCUUAGAUUUUCCAAAAAAGAUUCUAGGUUUCAUCAAAUCCUUGGUUGCAUGACUAUCAAACUUUGAAAAGAUCAUAUACAUGUACUGCAAAUGAAAGAAGAAACUUAAACUAUAUUGGAAAAGGAAAGGAGUGUCUUAUUCUUUACUUGCUCUACAUCAUCAAACAUGAAAGGGGAUAACAUUUAACUAAAGCAAAGAUAUAUGGCAGAAGUUGACCUUGAAAGUUUCAGCUGGUUCUGGUUUAUAUAGGAGUGUAUUGAGAAGAACAAAUUAAAGUGAAGUACAGAUUGGACCUGAUUUGAAAGAUGAGCUUAGAGAAGACAUUUGUUUAUCCAAAACAUUCAGAAACCAAUGAAGCAUCAAGGACGUUUUCCAUACUUUGAACCAGACACAUCCUGAUGCAUGAGUAAAUUUAAGAAGAAAGAUCAACUGGUGAUACGCAUUUCCGUUGAUUAACACGUACAUGUAUAUGAUGAUGAGAAAUCAGAUAGUAUUACUUACGUAUGCUGACACAGAUCGGAAACUAUACUUGUGCUAAGAUUUUUAAGAAAACAGUGUUUUUGUCAAAUCUCAUUGUGGUGCAACUCAUUGAGUUGAAAAUGAACAUAAAUAUUUACUUUCAGAUAUUGUUAUUGAAUUAACAAUUGAGCUUCUGUGAUUAUAAAGUUAGAAAUUAGUUUAUAACUUUGUGAAUUCUUAAAUAAGGCUUUAACAAUGACUUUUACAAAGGGGUUGUACAAUGAGACAGAAGUAUAUAGCACUGUCCGUGUAUCUGGUACUCAUUCUUGUGAGGCUAGCUUUAUUUGUUUUUUUGCUUUUUUUGUUGAUGAAUGUAUAACAGGAAGUGCUAAUCCAGUCGACAUAUCCGGUUCCACAACGAUCACAGUUCUAGAUUUAGAUUUUUCACCCCAACCAGAUCAUACUUCUAUAAGCUAUGACCACCACUUGGCACCCAUCGUCGGCUGUUUUCGUCUAUCUGUCACACAAGAUUUGUUUUAUUACAUUAAUGAAUUUUGAUCUUAAUACUGAUAACAUCAUGCUUAUUUAAAAAAAAAAUGGUCUCCUUUACCUACAUUUUCUGCUGUCCUCUUUUUUAAAAUAGUGUCAGAGUUUUACUUCAUAUUUAUUUUAAAAAUGUUCUACAUCUACACACUCGUCAAAUGAUUCUUGGUCACUAGUUAUAAAGGCAAUACAUGCAUGUAAUUAUCAUGACUUCCAUAUUUUCUGCUAGCUGACUUUUGGUAAACAGGAUUGUUGUCUCAGUGACAAUUCUACAACAUAUUAUCAUAUACAAAUAUUGCCCACGUAUUCUUUCCAAAACAUGUUUGCAGAUGUUGUUCCCGUGUAGGUUAAAUUUACCAUUUCAAAAGACAAGUAUUAAGAGUUUUGACCUGAUUCCAGUAUAGCAAGUUAAAUUAAAAAGGUCCGUUUGAAUUAUAUUUUGCUUGGGGUUUAUUUAAGCUAAAAAUAACCUCUAACCGGUAAUGUUUUGCAGUGCUAUAAAGUUGUAAAUAUAACCUUACAUGUCCAUUAUCCAAUGUUUUUUUUUAUUAGCACUUUGGGAUUUUACUUUAUUAUAUACAACAAUUGUGAUUAGUUUGUGUUUUAUAUGGAUGAGUUUUAUCAAUGUUUGUUUUAAUCAAUAAAAAGUAGAAGUGUA